AUGGAUAGUAUUUUUGAUAUCAUUAUUGGCCUUUCUUUGGAGAUAAAGGAAAAGAGUAUGUUAUGCGCUUAUUUCUAUAAAAAUUCUCAAGAAAUAAAUGAUGUGAUUUGCGUACUUAAUAAAUUCCCAACGCCUGAGGGAAAAAUCGAAUUUUUGAGAAUAACUUUCUUGUCUUCCGUUAGCAUAUUCUCAAUACCAAAUAAAAAGAAAUUUAGUGUUAACAGUACAAUAAUGCCGUGGGAAUAUAAAAAUGUCUAUUUUGUGGUCCCGGCCGAAACGAACGAAAAAUUUCGAAUUAAUUUGAGGGUGAAUAUGUGUUGUUACACGGUACAGUGCUUCUGGGAAAUCGACGAAAACGUUACGAGCAAUGGAACAGCUGGGAAAAAAAGGAUACAUUUACAUUUAGUCAGCAAUUAUGCCUUUAGCUAUUUAUCUGAAAGUGUUGAUAAAUUUUGGACGAUUGUUGCCAGAAGUAUCAGGAGGCAACUGGCUAAAAAAUAUAAGAUGGAAUUCGGAGAUACUAAAUCUUUUAAAUCUCAUAAUAUUGUUAUGGAAACACUAGACGACAUAAUGGAAUUCUUAUCUAACCUUCAUGUUAUUAAAACCGGACCUUCAAAUGUAAUAAAAUCCGUUAUUGGAAUUGACACAUUCAGCAUCUUAGAUUUGAACGUGUCAGAUCGGUCUCUGUCACCAUUCAAUAUUAACUAUGCAUUUGCAAACCCGAAUUUCACCAAUGAACAAGUAAAACUUAUUUUCAAGGAUUUUAUGAAUGACCGUGAAUUAAAUCGGAUCGUAGAUGAUAUCUACACAUCGAUGAAGGGGUAUGUUAUCUGUGCAGAUGUUUUCAGUGAUUACAUGCCAUGUAUAGUGGUCAAGGAUAAGAUCCUAGACUUCCAUGCCAGCAUUUUUUUAAACAGGCGUGCAGUUGAAGCAAUCGAUGGAGAAUCUUCAUCAUGGAUACUUUACAAAAUCAAUAAUUUGGGAACGGAAAUUUCUAAUUAUUCAACGUUUUCGAGAAUCAUGGACCAUAAUGAACUUGAAUUAGCCAGGUUUCUGGCAUCCGAAGGUGUCUUGAUAUAUGAAGAAGACUUACGAAAUUCAAAAAUAUUUAGGAUCUCUUCUCCAUUAAUAGAUUUAUACUCAUCCGGCAAUUUAUCAUUCCUAAUUUAUACCCAUUAUCUCCACUAA